AUGGCUACUCGCAAGGAAUCAACUUCGACACCAACUGCCCCGAUGGCUUCCACGUCUCCGGGAGCAACUUUGGAUUCUCCUGUGAAGCAAAUUCAGAUCGAGGGUCUGGUGAGUUAAUUAGGAGGUUCAUUCUUUCUGUUUUGGAGGCUGUGGGACAGGAUAGGCAGGCUCGAAAGUCUGGCUAGUCUAGCUAGCUUUAGCAUCAUGGCGGACACAAAAGCGCGGUGGAUGGAAUGUGUCCUAACUGUAAAAUGUGGUUGGAUAGUAUCACUGUCUACAUUUGUUGUGACAAAAACCCGAUUGCCAGACAAUGACCACGGUCUUGUAGCUAACGUUAGGUAGUUAGCCAUUUUCUCUAGAAAAUGAUGGAGAAGUGAUGUGACUCCUUCCAUAUGGCAGAAUAUCCAUCUCAAACCAAAUCAAAUCAAAUUGUAUUUGUCACAUACACGUGUUUUAGCAGAUGUUAUAGCGGGUGUAGCGAAAAGCUUGUGCUUCUAGCUCCGACAGUGCAGUAAUAUCUAACAAUUACACAACAUAUACCCAAUACACACAAAACUGUAGGAAUGGAAUUUAAGAAUAUAUACAUAUAUGGACAAGCAAUCACAGAGAGGCAUGGACUAAGAUACAGUAGAAAAUUAUAGAAUACAGUAAAUACAUAUGAGAUGAGUAGUGCAAGAUAUGUAAACAUUAUUAAAGUGACUAGUGUUCCAUUUCUUAAAGUGGCCAGUGAUUUCAAUAGGCAGCAGCAGCCUCUAAUGUGCUAGUGAUGGCUAUUUAACAGUCUGAUGGCCUUGAGAUAGAAGCUGUUUUUCAUUCUCUUGGUCCCAGCUUUGAUGCACCUGUACUGACCUCGCCUUCUGGAUGAUAGCGGGGUGAACAGGCAGUGGCUCGGGUGGUUGAUGUCCUUGAUGAUCUUUUUGGCCUUCCUGUGACAUCUGGUGCUGUAGGUGUCUUGGUGGGCGGGUAGUUUGCCCCCUGUAAUGCGUUCGGCAGACCGCACCACCCUCUGGAGAGCCCUGCGGUUGUGGGCGGUGCAGUUGCCAUACCAGGCGGUGAUACAGCCCGACAGGAUGCUCUCAAUUGUGCAUCUGUAAAAGUUUGAGGGUUUUAGGUGCUAAGCCAAAUUUCUUCAGCCUCCUGUGGUUGAAGAGGCUCUGUUGAGCAUUCUUCACCACACUGUCUGCGUGUGUGGACCAUUUCACUUUGUUGGUGAUGCGUACGCCAAGGAACUUGAAGCUUUCCACCUUCUCCACUGCGGUCCCAUCGAUAUGGAUAGGGGGGUGCACCCUCUGCUGUUUCCUGAAGUCCACGAUCAUCUCCUUUGUUUUGUUGACAUUGAGUGAGAGGUUAUUUUCCUGGCACCACAUUCCCAGAGCCCUCACCUCCUCCCUGUAGGUGGUCUGGUCAUUGUAUGUAGCUAGUCUGUAGCCAUGGGAACACAUGCAUAGUUCAAAGAGAGAUGUUUCCAUGUCUGUCAAUUUGAGGCACAUUCAUGUCCAGGCAUCACACAGAACACACGACUGACAGUCAGUGCCAGAAGUGGCCCCUACUGUGUCCACAGAACAAAACACACAUUACUCAAACAAAAAAAGCUCACACUUAACUUUUCGGUGAUAUUUGCCACUUUGAUCUCAAAAUAGGUCAACUACUUUAAUCGUGUAGGUGGGGGGUCUGACAAAGUGUGCAGACGCAGAGUAGUGAUGGGACGUUUGGCUCUUAGUGAGUGCAUACAUUUUCCAUAUCUCUUCAUACAUUUGAAACGAGGUCUAGUCGUGGCCCAACCAAACUAUAUUGUGAAGGACUCUUGGUGGAAUGCGUUGCUUGACUGCUGUGAGGGAGAUAAGUAGAGAACUAUUGAUUUUUGGGGGUUAAAGAGGCCGAUGGCCAAUAUUCAGCAUCAAUACAUUUGAAAAUGUUUGACAUCAUUUCCCAGAGACAGCCAUGUUAUGCAUUAAUGCAUCCAUUUUAAAACCAAACAACAAGUGACUUUGUUUGUACCAAUCUAACUACAUAACAACAUAAUGGUAAUAAUGUUAUUUGAAUGGUAAAUCACUUCAUAAACUGGGUAAAUUAAGAUGGCAUAGGCCUACUCACAAUACAGGUGAAUGCAUAUUCAAUAGGAGUGUGUGACAUGCAUUGAGUUAUUGAGGUUAUUUUGGCUGGUCAGUGGAGUCUAUGGUGCUACAGAUGACAAUCUGUUUGCCUUCCAUGUGGGACUUAUAUUAGCCUACUGAUCAACAACAUUUUCAUAGAAGCAUCCAGCAUGUCACGCCCUUCACCCUUGGCUUUUUCCACAUUUUGUUACAUUACAGCCUUAUUCUAAAAUGGAUUAAAUCGUUUUCCCCCCUCAUCAAUCUACACAAAAUACCCCAUAAUGACAAAGCAAAAACAGGUUUUUAGAUUUUUUUGCAAAUGUAUAAAAAAAAUGUUUUUGGCAUAAGUAUUCAGACCCUUUACUCAGUAUUUUGUUGAAGCACCUUUGGCAGCGAUUACAGCCUCAAGUCUUCUUGGGUAUGACGCUACAAGCUUGGCACACCUGUAUUUGGGGAGUUUCUCCCAUUCUUCUCUGCAGAUCCGCUCUGUCAGGUUGGAUGGGGAGCGUCGCUGCACAGCUAUUUUCAGGUCUCCAGAAGUGUUUGAUUGGGUUCUGGCUGGCCCACUCAAGGACAUUCAGAACCUUGUCCCGAAGCCACUCCUGCGUUGUCUUGGCUGUGUGCUUAGAGUCGUUGUCCUGUUGGAAGGUGAACCUUCGCCCCAGUCUGAGAUCCUGAGCGCUCUGAAGCAGGUUUUCAUCAAGGUUCUCUCAGUACUUUGCUCCGUUCAUCUUUCCCUCAAUCCUGACUAGUCUCCCAGUAGCUGCCGCUGAAAAACAUCCCCACCGCAUGAUGCUGCCACCACCAUGCUUCACCUUAUGGAUGGUGCCAGGUUUAAUCCAGACGUGACGCUUGGCAUUCAGGCCAAAGAGUUCAAUCUUGGUUUCAUCAGACCAGAGAAUCUUGUUUCUCAUGGUCUGAGAGUCCCUUAGGUGCCUUUUGGCAAACUCCAAGCGUGUCAUGUGGCUUUUACUGAGGAGUGGCUUCCGUCUGGCCACUCUUCCAUAAAGGCCUGAUUGGUGGAGUGCUGCAGAGAUGGUUGUCCUUCUGGAAGAUUCUCCCAUCUCCACAGAGGAACUCUAGAGCUCUGUCAGAGUGACCAUCUGGUUCUUGGUCACCUCCCUGACCAAGGCCCUUCUCCCCCGAUUGCUCAGUUUGGCCGGGUGACUAGCUCUAGGAAGAGUCUUGGUGUUUCCAAACUUAUUCCGUUUAAGAAUGAUUGAGGCCACUGUGUUCUUGGGGAACCUCAAUGCUGCAGACAUUUUUGGUACCCUUCCCCAGAUCUGUGCCCUGACACAAUCCUGUGUCGGAGCUCUACGGACAAUUCCUUCGACCUCAAGGCUUGGUUUUCGCUCUGACAUGCACUGUAAACUGUGGGACCUUAUAUAGACAGGUGUGUGCCUUUCCAAAUCAUGUCCAAUGAAUUUAAUUUACCACAGGUGGACUCCAAUCAAGUUGUAGUAACAUCUCAAGGAUGAUCAAUGGAAACAGGAUACACCUGAGCUCAAUUUUGAGUCUCAUAGCAAAGGGUCUGAAUACUUAUGUAAAUAAGGUAUUUUUAUUUUAUUUUAUAAAUGUGCAAAAAUUUAUAACAACCUCUUUUCGCUUUGUCAUAAUGGGGUAUUGUGUGUAGAUUGCUGAGGAACAUUUUUUUCUUUAAUCCAUUUUAGAAUAAGACUGUAACGUAACAAAGAGGUAAAAGUCAAGGUGUCUGAAUACUUUCCCAAUGCACUGUAUUUGCUGGCAAACAAUGUUAAACAGUUGAAUUGUUAUGAACACACCCGUCAAUCUGUCUCCAACUGUUUGAAAAGCGUGUUAGCCUGUCCACUUUGUUGAGAUGUUGAAAUCAAGUGGCCUACCUUAUUUCUCAGAAUGAGAACGAGUUGCCAAUUCCUAAUAAUUGUUUUAUGCUUAUUGCACAUUUAUAAAACACAGACCGGACAGCUAGUUUAACAGUCUUUGGCUAAAAUGCUGCUAGUGGUACCCCAAUGCUGUGUAUGACAAACUGAGCAUUCAUUUCCCAGAAUCAAUGUUCAUUGAUACUUUCGUUUUGGUAGUGUCUGAUCUGUGCUCAAUUUGAGCAGUUGAGACAUAAAAAGUGUAUCGUUAGAAAUGUUGACUUCUCUAUUACAGUAAAAUAAUGUCUCUGUGUUUUGGUGUCCAUAUCACAGAUUUUCUGUUGGACCAAACCUCAAAUGCAAGUAGCGAGUUGAAACCGCUCGUCGGAGAAGAAGAUGUGAUCUCUCAACUUUGUUGGCGUGAGAGGCAGGGGGAGGGGCUUGGUGUGUGUAAACCAUAGAGGAAGAGGCGAAGCAAGAGGCUUUACUCUCGCUAAAAUCUGUCCAAAAUAAGGCCAAUGUGUUUCUAUGGGCUUAUUUUGGACCUAAGCUUGUCGCCUGCCUUUGGGGCAACGACUCCCAUUGUUAGGGCGGAGACGUGCAUCUCUUCAUUAUAUAGAGAUCUCUGGUGUAAAUGGGGAGGUGCAUCUCUUCAUUAUAUACAGAUCUCUGGUGUAAAUGGGAAGGUGCACAGCACAGAAGGAGCGAAGGAGACGAGACCAAAAAUACAACAUGAGAACAAGCGGACAUAAACGCUCAUAUAAAUAAAUGAUGCCCUAAUCUAUGGAUUUGACAUGACUUGGCAGGGGCACACCCACUGGGGAGCCAGGCCCAGCCAAUCAGACUGAGUUUUUCCCCACAAAAGGACUAUUAAAGACAGAAAUACUGCUCAGUUUCAUCAGCUGUCUGGGUGGCUGGUCUGAGACGAUCCCGUGAAGAAGCCCGAUGUGGAGGUCCUGGGCUGGCGUGGUUACACUUGGUCUGCGGUGGUGAGGCCGGUUGGACGUACUGCCAAAUUCUCUAAAGCGGCUUUGGAGGCAGCUUAUGGUAGAGAAAUUAACAUUCAAUUCUCUGGCAACAGCUCUGGUGGACAUUCCUGCAGUCAGAAUGCCAAUUUCCCGCUCCUUCAAAACUUGAGACAUCUGUGGCAUUGUGUUGUGACACAACUGCACAUUUUAGUGGCCUUUUAUUGUCCCCAGCACAAGGUGCACCUGUAUAAUGAUCAUGCUGUUUAAUCAGCUUCUUGAUAUGCCACACCUGUCAAGUGGAUGGAUUAUCUUGGUAAAGGAGAAAUGCUCACGAACAGGGAUGUCAACAAAUUUGUGCACAAAAUUUGAGAGAAAUAAGCUUUUUGUGCGUAUGGAACAUUUCUGGGAUUUCAGCUCAUGAAACAUGGGACCAACAUUUUACAUGUUGCGUUUAUAUUUUUGUUCAGUUUUUUUUUUGCAUUUCGUGAAUCGCCCAUGAAUUAGAAAAAAUUGAGCUAUGAUUAUUUUGGCCGUGUGGCCCAGCCCUGCAUGGAGGCCGUGUGGCCCAGCCCUGCAUGGAGGCCGUGUGGCCCAGCCCUGCAUGGAGGCCGUGUGGCCCAGCCCUGCAUGGAGGCCGUGUGGCCCAGCCCUGCAUGGAGGCCGUGUGGCCCAGCCCUGCAUGGAGGCCGUGUGGCCCAGCCCUGCAUGGAGGCCGUGUGGCCCAGCCCUGCAUGGAGGCCGUGUGGCCCAGCCCUGCAUGGAGGCCACUACCAACAGUUCUAUUUAGCGUUACACCAGAUUAACAGGUAAUCUGGGUAGAAGCCUCAGUUAGCUACUUCCAAUGCUUGACAAACUCCCUGACUUGUUGUUUUCAGCUUGUUACUCUUGUUUAUUCACACUGUUGUCCUUACUUUUCACUUGAUCUUCCUCAUCCCCAGUGCGUUCUCUCUGGAACAACAGAGCAGCAGGCCUCUGCCCUGCCAUCCAUCCAUGGUGUCUCUGAUUCAGUAUGAGAGCUGAAAUCUGGCACUCCAUCAAAAAGGGCGUCUCUCAUUUGGCUCUUUGUCCAACUCUUCCAGAGAAGCCAUGCAAGGCUGGGGAUAACGUGUCCAUGUUGUGUUAGUAGCAGCACAGUCAGAAUGAUUCUCUGAGUCCAGUGAAAACCAAUAAUCCACUACAGUGGCUGGUUUCUUAGAAAUACUUUGUCUUGCCCUUUCUGAAAUCAUCUCACCCCCCCCCCCUCCUACAGGUGGUCCUGAAGAUGAUCAAGCAUUACCAGGAGGAGGGCCAGGGCAGUGAGGUGGUUCAGGGUGUGCUACUGGGCCUGGUGGUGGAGGACCGGCUAGAGAUCACCAACUGUUUCCCCUUCCCUCAACACACCGAGGACGACGCUGACUUUGAUGAAGGUACGUGGUCUAGAGGACCUUGUGUUUGUGCUUUGAAUUGGUAACCUACUGCUCUUCUUAGAGUGUGUGUUCUGAAUGUUCAAGUGUUUCUCAGUAUGUCUCCUGUCUGUCAGGUCUGUGUGUCAGUCAGUACCUCAUCAGAGAGCAUUCCUCUGACCGGAGCCCCUGCUGCUUCACCUGACUGACAGCGUAGUCUGACUAUAGGAAGGGAGAAGUCUCCAAUCGUGGCUCUCACUAACAAGCUACUGUCCUGAAUUCUGGGAAAUACCAAAGCAUGAAAGGUUGCUGAAGGUCGUUAGUAUCGGGGUAAGGAUGUAUUGUAGGUAGGGAGUCAAUUAAAGGGCUGUCAGUAGUAGUGACUGUAGAACAGUGACCCUGGGAUAUCUGGUAGGGCUGUCUAGGGAGUAAUGGCUGUGUGGUAGUGACUACUAGUGAGUGUAUAGCAGUGAUCCAGAGGUAUCUGGUAGGAUUUGGUCUCUGCCACUCCCCUUAGUUAAUAAGACCCCUAUGGGGUUCCCCUGCAGCAGACCCCGGGAAACCCUGUGUCAGUAUUCUGAUAUCAUCUUAGCUAGAUAUGCUUCCACUAAGACAUACUGGUACACUACAGACCAAAUAGUUUGACACACUAUUAAGGUGUUUUCAUACUUGGUCCUUUCAGACCAGUUUUGUGAGGGCAAUGUGAACACAAAACCCCAGGUUUGCUUGUCGUUAUUCCCACACCACACACUAGACUACUGCCAUAACCCCUCACACUAGACUACUGCCAUAACCCCACACACUAGACUACUGCAACACUGUUUCCUCUGCCAUAACCCCUCACACUAGACUACUGCAACACUGUUUCCUCUGCCAUAUCCCUCACACUAGACUACUGCAACACUGUUUCCCCUGCCAUAACCCCUCACACUAGACUACUGCAACACUGUUUCCUCUGCCAUAACCCCUCACACUAGACUACUGCAACACUGUUUCCCCUGCCAUAACCCCUCACACUAGACUACUGCAACACUGUUUCCUCUGCCAUAACCCCUCACACUAGACUACUGCCAUAACCCCUCACACUAGACUACUGCAACACUGUUUCCUCUGCCAUAACCCCUCACACUAGACUACUGCCAUAACCCCUCACACUAGACUACUGCAACACUGUUUCCUCUGCCAUAACCCCUCACACUAGACUACUGCCAUAACCCCACACACUAGACUACUGCAACACUGUUUCCCCUGCCAUAACCCCACACACUAGACUACUGCAACACUGUUUCCCCUGCCAUAACCCCUCACACUAGACUACUGCAACACUGUUUCCCCUGCCAUAACCCCACACACUAGACUACUGCAACACUGUUUCCUCUGCCAUAACCCCUCACACUAGACUACUGCCAUAACCCCUCACACUAGACUACUGCAACACUGUUUCCCCUGACAUAACCCCACACACUAGACUACUGCAACACUGUUUCCCCUGACAUAACCCCACACACUAGACUACUGCAACACUGUUUCCCCUGACAUAACCCCACACACUAGACUACUGCAACACUGUUUCCCCUGACAUAACCCCACACACUAGACUACUGCAACACUGUUUCCCCUGACAUAACCCCACACACUAGACUACUGCAACACUGUUUCCCCUGACAUAACCCCUCACACUAGACUACUGCAACACUGUUUCCUCUGCCAUAACCCCUCACACUAGACUACUGCAACACUGUUUCCUCUGCCAUAACCCCUCACACUAGACUACUGCAACACUGUUUCCCCUGCCAUAACCCCUCACACUAGACUACUGCCAUAACCCCUCACACUAGACUACUGCAACACUGUUUCCCCUGACAUAACCCCUCACACUAGACUACUGCCAUAACCCCUCACACUAGACUACUGCAACACUGUUUCCCCUGACAUAACCCCUCACAUUAGACUACUGCAACACUGUUUCCCCUGACAUAACCCCACACACUAGACUACUGCAACACUGUUUCCCCUGACAUAACCCCUCACACUAGACUACUGCAACACUGUUUCCCCUGACAUAACCCCUCACACUAGACUACUGCAACACUGUUUCCCCUGCCAUAACCCCUCACACUAGACUACUGCCAUAACCCCUCACACUAGACUACUGCAACACUGUUUCCCCUGACAUAACCCCUCACACUAGACUACUGCAACACUGUUUCCUCUGCCAUAACCCCUCACACUAGACUACUGCCAUAACCCCACACACUAGACUACUGCACACUGUUUCCCCUGCCAUAACCCCACACACUAGACUACUGCACACUGUUUCCCCUGCCAUAACCCCACACACUAGACUACUGCCAUAACCCCUCACACUAGACUACUGCAACACUGUUUCCCCUGCCAUAACCCCUCACACUAGACUACUGCAACACUGUUUCCCCUGCCAUAACCCCUCACACUAGACUACUGCAACACUGUUUCCCCUGACAUAACCCCUCACACUAGACUACUGCAACACUGUUUCCCCUGACAUAACCCCUCACACUAGACUACUGCCAUAACCCCUCACACUAGACUACUGCAACACUGUUUCCCCUGACAUAACCCCACACACUAGACUACUGCAACACUGUUUCCCCUGACAUAACCCCUCACACUAGACUACUGCAACACUGUUUCCUCUGCCAUAACCCCUCACACUAGACUACUGCCAUAACCCCUCACACUAGACUACUGCAACACUGUUUCCCCUGACAUAACCCCUCACACUAGACUACUGCAACACUGUUUCCUCUGCCAUAACCCCUCACACUAGACUACUGCCAUAACCCCUCACACUAGACUACUGCAACACUGUUUCCCCUGCCAUAACCCCUCACACUAGACUACUGCAACACUGUUUCCCCUGCCAUAACCCCACACACUAGACUACUGCAACACUGUUUCCCCUGACAUAACCCCUCACACUAGACUACUGCAACACUGUUUCCCCUGACAUAACCCCUCACACUAGACUACUGCAACACUGUUUCCUCUGCCAUAACCCCUCACACUAGACUACUGCCAUAACCCCUCACACUAGACUACUGCAACACUGUUUCCCCUGACAUAACCCCUCACACUAGACUACUGCAACACUGUUUCCCCUGCCAUAACCCCUCACACUAGACUACUGCCACACUGUUUCCCCUGCCAUAACCCCUCACACUAGACCACUGCAACACUGUUUCCCCUGCCAUAACCCCUCACACUAGACUACUGCAACACUGUUUCCCCUGACAUAACCCCACACACUAGACUACUGCCAUAACCCCUCACACUAGACUACUGCCAUAACCCCUCACACUAGACUACUGCAACACUGUUUCCCCUGCCAUAACCCCUCACACUAGACUACUGCAACACUGUUUCCCCUGACAUAACCCCUCACACUAGACUACUGCAACACUGUUUCCCCUGACAUAACCCCACACACUAGACUACUGCAACACUGUUUCCCCUGACAUAACCCCUCACACUAGACUACUGCAACACUGUUUCCCCUGCCAUAACCCCUCACACUAGACCACUGCAACACUGUUUCCCCUGCCAUAACCCCUCACACUAGACCACUGCAACACUGUUUCCCCUGCCAUAACCCCUCACACUAGACUACUGCAACACUGUUUCCUCUGCCAUAACCUCUCACACUAGACUACUGCCAUAACCCCUCACACUAGACUACUGCAACACUGUUUCCCCUGACACAACCCCUCACACUAGACUACUGCCAUAACCCCACACACUAGACUACUGCAACACUGUUUCCUCUGCCAUAACCCCUCACACUAGACUACUGCCAUAACCCCUCACACUAGACUACUGCAACACUGUUUCCCCUGACAUAACCCCACACACUAGACUACUGCAACACUGUUUCCCCUGACAUAACCCCUCACACUAGACUACUGCAACACUGUUUCCUCUGCCAUAACCCCUCACGCUAGACUACUGCCAUAACCCCUCACACUAGACUACUGCAACACUGUUUCCCCUGACAUAACCCCUCACACUAGACUACUGCAACACUGUUUCCCCUGACAUAACCCCUCACAUUAGACUACUGCAACACUGUUUCCUCUGCCAUAACCCCUCACACUAGACUACUGCAACACUGUUUCCUCUGCCAUAACCCCUCACACUAGACUACUGCAACACUGUUUCCCCUGACAUAACCCCUCACACUAGACUACUGCAACACUGUUUCCUCUGCCAUAACCCCUCACACUAGACUACUGCAACACUGUUUCCCCUGCCAUAACCCCUCACACUAGACUACUGCAACACUGUUUCCCCUGACAUAACCCCUCACACUAGACUACUGCAACACUGUUUCCCCUGCCAUAACCCCUCACAUUAGACUACUGCCACACUGUUUCCCCUGCCAUAACCCCUCACAUUAGACUACUGCAACACUGUUUCCCCUGACAUAACCCCUCACAUUAGACUACUGCAACACUGUUUCCCCUGACAUAACCCCUCACAUUAGACUACUGCAACACUGUUUCCUCUGCCAUAACCCCUCACACUAGACUACUGCCAUAACCCCUCACACUAGACUACUGCAACACUGUUUCCCCUGCCAUAACCCCUCACAUUAGACUACUGCAACACUGUUUCCCCUGACAUAACCCCUCACAUUAGACUACUGCAACACUGUUUCCCCUGACAUAACCCCUCACACUAGACUACUGCAACACUGUUUCCUCUGCCAUAACCCCUCACACUAGACUACUGCAACACCGUUUCCCCUGCCAUAAACCCUCACACUAGACUACUGCAACACUGUUUCCCCUGCCAUAACCCCUUACACUAGACUACUGCAACACUGUUUCCCCUGACAUAACCCCUCACACUAGACUACUGCAACACUGUUUCCUCUGCCAUAACCCCUCACACUAGACUACUGCCAUAACCCCUCACACUAGACUACUGCAACACUGUUUCCCCUGCCAUAACCCCUCACACUAGACUACUGCCACACUGUUUCCCCUGCCAUAACCCCUCACACUAGACUACUGCAACACUGUUUCCCCUGCCAUAACCCCUCACACUAGACUACUGCAACACUGUUUCCCCUGCCAUAACCCCUCACACUAGACUACUGCAACACUGUUUCCCCUGACAUAACCCCUCACACUAGACUACUGCAACACUGUUUCCUCUGCCAUAACCCCUCACACUAGACUACUGCCAUAACCCCUCACACUAGACUACUGCCACACUGUUUCCCCUGCCAUAACCCCUCACACUAGACUACUGCAACACUGUUUCCCCUGCCAUAACCCCUCACACUAGACUACUGCCACACUGUUUCCCCUGCCAUAACCCCUCACAUUAGACUACUGCAACACUGUUUCCCCUGACAUAACCCCACACACUAGACUACUGCAACACUGUUUCCCCUGACAUAACCCCUCACACUAGACUACUGCAACACUGUUUCCUCUGCCAUAACCCCUCACACUAGACUACUGCAACACUGUUUCCCCUGACAUAACCCCUCACAUUAGACUACUGCAACACUGUUUCCCCUGACAUAACCCCUCACAUUAGACUACUGCAACACUGUUUCCCCUGCCAUAACCCCUCACAUUAGACUACUGCAACACUGUUUCCCCUGACAUAAAGCCUCACAUUGGUGCCACAAUAGAGAGAAGAUGAUGAUGUUUAGGUUCUUGGGAAAAAACGUGGUAUUUUUGGAUAUUGAUUAGCGAUUGUCAAGGAUGCACAUAAAUGCCAUAAUAUGUGUGGAGUUUUGUACUGACAUGAUGUUCAGAUUAUUUGUUUGCAAUAUGUGAUCUAUAGGCUAAGAGUUUAAUAAGCUGUUUAUUUGAUUGUGGGGUUUGAAUAGUGUAAGAAGACAACAUAUUUGGUGUGAAUCACAACAUAGGGUACAAAAUCGAGGUCCUUGCUAUCCGGAAUCCUUGGGAUGUCCCAACUCUGACAUUACCCCAUUUGAAGUUGACCUUUAUAUGGGUUAAGGUUAGGAUUUAGGGUAGAGACGUACCAAGGAUCCCGGUUAGCACUAACCACAAUCAAGGAUAGCUCUUACAGCAUUACUGUCCCCUGCGAUGAAAUCGGGGAGGGGGACUAUGGAUCGGUCUCCAAUUUUGACGCAACUUGGGUGAAUGAUGCGUCUUGCCAUAGAGAUCUGGCAUUUACUAAAUGAAACUGAUUUGCCCAAGGGCGGCACGUUAGUAAUGAACUGAAAUGUGUGAGUCACACCAGAGAGGAAGAGGCACAGCGGGAGGGAUAACUGGGAGAUGGCUAGAAAGGUUCUAGCUUUUGUCAAAUUAAUGUGAGAAGUUGAUGGUUUUUGCGUUUAAGCUAACCCUAACCCUUUUCCUAACCUUAACCUAAUUAUCCUAACAUGCCACGUUAAUUCUAACCUGCUGCGUAAAUUCAUCUAACCUGCUACGAAAUGUCAAAUCUGAUGUUAAUUUGACAAAAGCUGGAUCCCUUCUAGCCAUGACCGGAUAUCUGGCCCCAAAAUCUGUCUUCUCCAGCAGGUGGCGUUUUUUCUUUGGUAUAUGUGACCGACUGGCUCGAUUCGGUCUUAUGUAGCAAAAUUUGAAAUUGUGUUUUUUACAUUGGAUAUAAGUGAAUGAUAUAUCAUACACUACAGUUGAGGAACAAUGGGAAAGUAAUUCUGCUUUGAAAGUUGAUAAACUUGUAACCUCACUUUUGAGAAAAUGGCCCUUGAAUGUUUUGGUACAUACUGGAGAGCUCUUCUUUGUCUACACCCAUUCAGCAUCGUUCACACCCUCUUAAGCUUUAGCCCCACCCAUCUCUUUAAGGAUUCACAUGUGAGGCUAUGUACUAAACAACCAAAGAUUUCGAGGCUGAAGGCUGGUUUAUACUACGGGUGCGGUCGUAAAUUCACUCUGGCUAUCUACUCCGAUUUCAGAGCACUCUCAUCUGAGUGUGCCAGAGCGCAGAAUAACUGACGAAUUUAUGAGGAAAUUAUAGUCCUAAAUAAGCUUUCCAGUUUCCCUGACGAGAGGUACUGGGUCCUGGCAAAUAGGUUCCGGAACGAAAGUCCAAAACUGAGAGAUGCCGGAUCCUGUUCCGGCAGGCUCUGGCUCAAAUGAAGCACUGGAUCUAGCUAAUGAUUAGCUCAUUAGCUCACAAUGCAGAGGAGAAACCCCACGCUUCAGCCAUGGAGCCACCAUGCUGCAUCAGACAGGUGACCGUGCAUCAGCCAUGUAGCCACCAUGCUGCAUCAGACAGGUGACCGUGCUUCAGCCAUGUAGCCACCAUGCUGCAUCAGACAGGUGAUCAUGCUUCAGCCAUGGCAGGUGAUCGUGCUUCAUUGAUGUAGCCACCAUGCUGCAUCCUACAGGUGACCAUGCUUCAGCCAUGGAGCCACCAUGCUGCAUCAGACAGGUGACCAUCCUUCAGCCAUGUAGCCACCAUGCUUCAGCCAUGUAGCCACCAUGCUUCAGCCAUGUAGCCACCAUGCUUCAGCCAUGGAGCCACCAUGCUGCAUCAGACAGGUGACCAUGCUUCAGCCAUGGAGCCACCAUGCUUCAGCCAUGGAGCCUCCAUGCUGCAUCAGACAGGUGACCAUGCUUCAGCCAUGGAGCCACCAUGCUUCAGCCAUGGAGCCUCCAUGCUGCAUCAGACAGGUGACCAUGCUUCAGCCAUGGAGCCACCAUGCUUCAGCCAUGGAGCCACCAUGCUGCAUCAGACAGGUGACAAUGCUUCAGCUAUGGAGCCACCAUGCUUCAUCCAUGUAGCUACUAUGCAGCAUCAGACCGGUGAUCAAGCUCAUCUCUCUCCAUCUCUCCCUCCCUCCCCUCUCUCUCUCCACCUCUCCUUCCCUCCCCUCUCUCUCCACCUCCCCUUCUCACCCACACCCUCUCUCCUCUCCUCCUUUAGUCCAGUACCAGAUGGAGAUGAUGCGUUCUCUACGUCAUGUGAACAUUGACCAUCUUCAUGUGGGCUGGUACCAGUCAACCUAUUAUGGAUCAUUUGUCAGCCGGGCCCUGCUAGACUCUCAGUUCAGCUACCAGCACGCCAUCGAGGAGUCUGUUGUGCUCAUUUACGGUAAGUAAUCCAUCUGUCACACACACACACACACCUCUGACACACACACACCUCUGACACACACACACACACCCACCUCUGACACACACACACACACCUCUGACACACACACCUCUGACACACACACACACACACACACACACACACACAGUCCUGACACACACAGCUGACAUAUCCAACCUGACACACGCGCACACACACACACACAGAGAGACGCACACACACAGUCCUGACACACAUAGCUGACAUAUCCACCCUGACCCACACAAUACUCCUGUCUCUGCUGUUAAGAUGCAGCAAGGUGUUAGUGAUACUGCUGUUAAGAUGCAGAAAGGUGUUAGUGAUACUGCUGUUAAGGUGCAGCAAGGUGUUAGUGAUUCUGCUGUCUCUGCUGUUAAGAUGCAGCAAGGUGUUAGUGAUUCUGCUGUUAAGGUGCAGCAAGGUGUUAGUGAUUCUGCUGUUAAGGUGCAGCAAGGUGUUAGUGAUUCUGCUGUUAAGAUGCAGCAAGGUGUUAGUGCUGAAAGGUGAAUUCAUCUCCCAGUGUCUGUUGGAAAGCAGACUGAGACAAGUUUUCCUCUAUAUUUGAGAUUUUUCAAAGUAGCCUUGAUGACAGCUUUGCACACUCUUGGCAUUGUCUCAACCAGUUUCAUGAGGUAGUCACCUGGAAUGCAUUUCAAUUAACAGGUGUGCCUUGUUCAAAGUUAAUUUGUGGAAUUUCUUUCCGUCUUAAUGCGUUUGAACCAAUCAGUUGUAUUGUGACAAGGUAGGGGGGUAUACAGAAGAUAUCCCUAUUUGGUAAAAGACCAAGUCCAUAUUAUGGCAAGAACAGCUCAAAUAAGCAAAGAGAAACGACAGUCCAUCAUUACUUUAAGACAAGAAGGUCAGUCAAUCCGGAAAAUUUCAAGAAAUUUGAAAGUUUCUUCAAGUGCAGUCGCAAAAAUGAUCAAGCGCUAUGAUGAAACUGUCUCUCAUGAGGACCGCUACAGGAAAGGAAGCCCCAGAGUUACCUCUGCUACAGAGGAUAAGUUAAUUAGAGUUAACUGCACAUCAGAUUGCAGCCCAAAUAAAUGCUUCACAGAGUUCAAGUAACAGACAUCCAUGCAAAAUGUGUAGAAAAAAUCAUUCCACUUUGACAUUAUGGGGGUAUUGUGUGUAGGCCAUUGACAAAACAUCAAGCUGUAACACAACAACAUGUGGAAAAAGUAAAGGAUUGUGAAGGCACUGUACAUAAAUUAGGUUUGUUGAUUGAUCACAUGACCCAGGCCAUGUACUCUGCCCCUCUGUCAGGAGCUGUGAUUCAGGAAGUCUUCAUGAUGGUCUAAAUACGAUAGACUUGAACAUUACAUCCUCAUGAUAUUGCUCUGACAGGUCUUCCUCCAUUAGUUCCCUGUCCUCAGACAUCUUCAGGGAUGACCGUGGUUCUGUCCCAAAUGGUAACCUAUUCCUUAUAUAGUGCACUACGUUUGACCAGAGCUCUAUGGGGAAAUGUUCCUCAGUUUAACAGUUGAACACUUUUAACAUGACAGGAGAGACUAAUGUUCCCUGACUUUGUGUCAGGAAGGCCAGCAGUUCUUAACUCACUCGGUCUUCUGCAUGUUUAAUGAGGGACCACUGUUAAUCAAUAAUGAAGUAUAUACCGAGCAUUCGUUCCAAAUGGCACCCUAUUCCCUAUAUAGGGCUCUCUGGUCAAAAGUAGUGCGCUAUAUAGGGAACAGGGUGCCAUUUGGGACGCAGACAGCUCUAAAUGGAUCAAAGCACCUCAGGGGAAUCUCCAUUAUCACAGUUAGAGAGGGAGUAGUGAGGGAAAAAGGCUUUUUAAACGCCUGGUUCAUUAACAUGUAUGACUCAAACUGGUUCAUUAACAUGUAUGACUCAAACUGGUUCAUUGACAUGUAUGAAUCAAAGUCAACAAGAUUUCUGUUUACUUGUCAGUAGUGUUGCACGGUAUACCGAAACUUCUGUCCUUUUUCAAUACUAGAACAUGAAAAACGGUUCGGUACUAUAAUUUGUGUUACUUUCGGUGUCUUAUGUCCUAUAAGGAUUGAGAGGAUGGAGUCUGUCUAGUAGUUUGUAUGCAUCUUCAAAGCGGCAGUAGUGAGCUCGCCAGGCUACUUGGCCUUGCUCAUGUAGCUGAGACAGCACAAGAAGAGAGAAUUCUUGCAGCAUGGCUUCUUCAAACGGAAACAUCAUACCUCCAGUUGACAUAACUGGUUCCAGAUGCGAACUAUGGGAAUACUUUGUUUACAGAGCAGAUGAGGGCCAGCCCACCGAAACAACUAAGCAAAAUGUGUUACAAAGUCAGUAGCAAUAGCCACUAGCCAGCCAGCAGCCCUGGGCGGAACGUUGCAUCCUAUACGUUGUGUUUCUCUCCCCUCUCUAGAUCCUAUACGUUGUUUCUCUCUAGAUCCUAUAUGUUGUUUCUCUCCUCUCUAGAUCCUAUACGUUGUUUCUCUCCUCUCUAGAUCAUGUACAUUGUGUUUCUCUCCUCUCUAAAUCCUGUACGUUGUGUUUCUCUCCUCUCUCUAGAUCCUGUACGUUGUGUUUCUCUCCUCUCUCUAGAUCCUGUACGUUGUGUUUCUCUCCUCUCUCUAGAUCCUGUACGUUGUGUUUCUCUCCUCUCUAGAUCCUAUACGUUGUGUCUCUCCUCUCUCUAGAUCCUAUACGUUGUGUUUCUCUCCUCUCUCUAGAUCCUGUACGUUGUGUUUCUCUCCUCUCUAGAUCCUAUACGUUGUUUCUCUCCUCUCUAGAUCCUAUACGUUGUGUUUCUCUCCUCUCUCUAGAUCCUGUACGUUGUGUUUCUCUCCUCCUCUCUAGAUCCUCUGUAGCUCAGCUGGUAGAGCACGGCGCUUGUAACGCCUAGGUAGUGGGUUCGAUCCCCGGGACCACCCAUACACAAAAACAUUUAUGCACGCAUGACUGUAAGUCGCUUUGGAUAAAAGCGUCUGCUAAAUGGCAUAUUAUUAUUAUUAUUAUUAUUAUUAUUAUCCUAUACGUUGUUUCUCUCUAGAUCCUAUAGUUGUGUUUCUCUCCUCUCUAGAUCCUGUACGUUGUGUUUCUCUCCUCUCUAGAUCCUGUACGUUGUGUUUCUCUCCUCUCUAGAUCCUAUAGUUGUGUUUCUCUCCUCUCUAGAUCCUGUACGUUGUGUUUCUCUCCUCUCUAGAUCCUGUACGUUGUGUUUCUCUCCUCUCUAGAUCCUAUAGUUGUGUUUCUCUCCUCUCUAGAUCCUGUACGUUGUGUUUCUCUCCUCUCUAGAUCCUAUACGUUGUGUUUCUCUCCUCUCUAGAUCCUAUACGUUGUGUCUCUCCUCUCUCUAGAUCCUAUACGUUGUCUCUCCUCUCUCUAGAUCCUAUACGUUGUCUCUCCUCUCUCUAGAUCCUAUACGUUGUGUGUCUCUCCUCUCUCUAGAUCCUAUACGUUGUGUUUCUCUCCUCUCUCUAGAUCCUAUACGUUGUGUUUCUCUCCUCUCUCUAGAUCCUAUACGUUGUGUUUCUCUCCUCUCUAGAUCCUAUACGUUGUGUUUCUCUCCUCUCUAGAUCCUAUACGUUGUGUUUCUCUCCUCUCUAGAUCCUAUACGUUGUGUUUCUCUCCUCUCUAGAUCCUAUACGUUGUGUUUCUCUCCUCUCUAGAUCCUAUACGUUGUGUUUCUCUCCUCUCUAGAUCCUAUACGUUGUGUUUCUCUCCUCUCUAGAUCCUAUACGUUGUGUUUCUCUCCUCUCUCUAGAUCCUAUACGUUGUGUUUCUCUCUCCUCUCUCUAGAUCCUGUACGUUGUGUUCUCUCUCCUCUCUCUAGAUCCUGUACGUUGUGUUUCUCUCUCCUCUCUCUAGAUCCUGUACGUUGUGUUUCUCUCUCCUCUCUCUAGAUCCUGUACGUUGUUUCUCUCCUCUCUAGAUCCUAUACGUUGUGUUUCUCUCCCCCUCUCUAGAUCCUAUAGUUGUGUUUCUCUCCUCUCUAGAUCCUAUAGUUGUGUUUCUCUCCUCUCUAGAUCCUAUACGUUGUUUCUCUCUAGAUCCUAUACAUUGUGUUUCUCUCCUCUCUAGAUCCUAUACGUUGUGUUUCUCUCCUCUCUAGAUCCUAUACGUUGUGUCUCUCCUCUCUCUAGAUCCUAUACGUUGUGUUUCUCUCCUCUCUCUAGAUCCUAUACGUUGUUUCUUUCCUCUCUCUAGAUCCUAUACGUUGUGUUUCUCUCCUCUCUAGAUCCUGUACGUUGUGUUUCUCUCCUCUCUAGAUCCUAUACAUUGUGUUUCUCUCCUCUCUAGAUCCUGUACGUUGUGUUUCUCUCCUCUCUAGAUCCUAUACGUUGUGUUUCUCUCCUCUCUAGAUCCUAUACCUUGUGUUUCUCUCCUCUCUAGAUCCUGUAAGUUGUGUUUCUCUCCUCUCUAGAUCCUAUACGUUGUGUUUCUCUCCUCUCUAGAUCCUAUACGUUGUGUUUCUAUCCUCUCUAGAUCCUGUACGUUGUGUUUCUCUCCUCUCUAGAUCCUAUACGUUGUGUUUCUCUCCUCUCUAGAUCCUAUACGUUGUGUUUCUCUCCUCUCUAGAUCCUGUACGUUGUGUUUCUCUCCUCUCUAGAUCCUAUACGUUGUGUUUCUCUCCUCUCUAGAUCCUAUACGUUGUGUUUCUCUCCUCUCUAGAUCCUGUACGUUGUGUUUCUCUCCUCUCUAGAUCCUGUACGUUGUGUUUCUCUCCUCUCUAGAUCCUAUACGUUGUGUUUCUCUCCUCUCUAGAUCCUAUACGUUGUUUUUCUCUCCUCUCUCUAGAUCCUAUACAUUGUGUAUGUGUUAAGUCUUAUUGUGUGGUGUUCCGAAUUGAUAGAAUGUUAAAGACCUUUUGUUUUAAUCUUAACAUCUCUUUCUCGCUUCUCUCUCUCUUCUCUCUCUCUCUCUCUUCUCUUCUCUGUCUCUCUCUAUCCCCCCCACUAGAUCCCAUUAAGACAGCCCAGGGCUCCCUGUCCCUGAAGGCUUACAGGUUAACACCCAAACUGAUGGAGAUCUGCAAGGAGAAGGACUUCUCAGCUGAGGGGUGAGCCCAGGCACCACAGACCGAGAGAGAGAGAGAGAGAGAGAGACACACACACACACACACACACACACACACACACACACACACACACACACACACACGGUAGGAGGAUUCACAGUGGCACACACAUGCACCAACACACACGGAGACAGACACACACACACACACCUGGAGAAGCGACUGAGACACACACACACAGGCACCAGGCUCCACUUCAGAAGCUGGAUGAGAAUUGCCAAAAGCCAUCAAUACCACACACCACACAGACACACACACAUACCACAUAGACACACACAGAGGCACAAAAACCAACUGCACCUUUUCCGAUAAGAAUUCAGCAUCAAUGCUGUGCUUUUGAAACUCCCUUCAAAAGAUUCAAAUGCAUGAUGUUAUUUUCCCCAUGGGCAAGGAGAGCCUCAUCAGAAGCUGUUAGUGAUGUGAUAGUGGUUUAUUACUAGUGUGUGUUGGGGCUGCCAAACAACUAUACUGCAGUGUUUAUCCACUGCCUGGCUGGCUUUGACCCUCAGGCUGCUGGCCAUUGAUUUUAAAUUGCAUCUGAAUAAUGCGUAAUGAGAGCCAUUUGAAAAAGAUCUGAGUUCCCACAAUCUGAGUUUAUAAAAAGGAAUCACAGCAGACUGGUAUUAAAUUGACCAGAAAAGAACGGCUUUAGGAUUUUAAAAUAAAAUAAACUCAGCCAAAAAAUAAACAACCCUGUCUUUCAAAGAUAAUUACACACACACACACACACACACACACACACACACACACACACACACACACACACACACACACACACACUCUUACCUAAACACCCACCCCUACCUACCUACCUACCUACCUCAUCAGUGUCUCUCAAUACGCUACUGAUUGAAAGGCCAGGAGGACAAUAUCACCCCUAUUGAAGACUCAUUUCACCACCAUUAUUAUGGGGAGAAUCUGAAUGAUAUAUUAUUUCAAAGAAGUGCUUCAUUUUCCAUGAUGGUGUCUUUCAUGUGGCGGUAUUUUAUGUUUUAUAAGCUGGUGUUUUGUGAUCUUUAAAUGAAAGUCAGGAAGAGAGACUGGCACUACUUCCUGUUGAAUUGUCUCUACCUUCAGUUUACCACGACUGCUGGCAACAGGAUCCAGCUUUAUAAACGCACAUGGCAAAUUUAGUACAUUAAACUAAUUUAUUUCAGAGCUGGCAAUCAAAUCGAAUUGAAUUGAACUUAAUUGAAUGUAAUUGACUUUUGAAUUGAACUGAACUGAUUAUUUUCUCUCCCCAGAUUGAAGAAGGCCAUGAUUGGUUUUGAGCACAUGUUUGAGGAGGUUCCCAUUGUGAUCAAGAACUCCCAUCUGAUCAACGUUCUGAUGUGGGAGCUAGAGGAGAAGUCAACUGUGGCCGACAAACACGAGCUGCUCAACCUCUCCAGCAGGUACGUGACUUGGUGCUGGAGCCGUCUAUCCUAGUGCCCUAGAAGGUAGGGGGUAGGAGCUAGGGGUUGAUGUGGGAGCUAGAGAAGUCUACUGUACUUGACAAACACGAGCUGCUCAACCUCUCCAGCCGGUCAGUACAGAGCUGUCUGAACAUUGUGUUCGUCAUACUUUUAUUGUCCAGCAGGUCAGUGGUGGCACUGUCGAUUUGCUUGUUUUCUAGUUCUAGGAAAUAUGUAGGGGUUAGUGUCUAGGGGUUAAUUAUGAAGUCUACGUGAACGUUGUUUCUGUCAGUGUCUUAUUGUCCAGCAGGUAAAGGCGUGGUGCUGUGCUCUGGCUGUCUCAUACUGUCUAUUAUCUAACCAACCAUGUCCAUCUUAGUCCACUUCUGAAUCCCAAAUUGACCCAAAGUCCCUACACUCGACCCCCCUACACUCAAGUCUUUUCCACAAGCACAUGGAGUAGCCAGCCAAAUAUAAAAAAUAGCCAGCCAGGCUUUUUACCGAACAACCUCUAUUUUGGUGGCCUCUGGUACAUUCUAAUGCCUUGAUUCCAUCUGAAAUACACAGCUAAAUUAUUGAAUACUUUUGAGUUUACCUCCCGGAUUGGAAAAAAUAGUUGUGGUAUUGUGUCUACAAUUAAAAUGACUGAAAAUGUAUGAAUUCGGUGUAUUGUUAGUAGUUUUGGAUAUCGCGUAGGACUAUUUGUUCAGGACUAUUUUCAAAGUAAGAACAUUAAAAAAAGGUUGAACAUUUAACCGUGUCUUCUCAAGGUUAAUUACUUUACUGCAAGAUAUGAAUUGCCACAAUUGUUUGUUCUUCAAAUAUGUAUUUUAUAAAAACAGAAACAUUUUCUUAAAGGUAACAUUUUAAAUCAAACACAUUUUUUAAAUGACUAAAUGGGUCUCUAAAAUACACAGAACAGAUGCUGAAGUAUGUUCUGGGUCCAUACUGUGGCUUGCCAAAGUAUUCACCCCCCUUGGCAUUUUUCCUAUUUUGUUGCCUUACAACCUGGAAUUAAAAUGGAUUUUUGUGGGGGUUUGUAUCAUUUGAUUUACACAACAUGCCUACCACUUUGAAGAUGCCAAAUAUUUUUUCUUGUGAAACAAACAAGAAAUGAGACAAAAAAACAGAACUUGAGCGUGCAUAACUGUUCACCCCCCCAAAGUCAAUACUUUGUAGAGCCACCUUUUGCAGCAAUUACAGCUGCAAGGCUCUUGGGGUAUGUCUCUAUAAGCUUGGCACAUCUAGCCACUGGGAUUUUUACCCUUUCUUCAAGGCAAAGCUGCUCCAACUCCUUUAAGUUGGAUGGGUUCCGCUGGUGUACAGCCAUCUUUAAGUCAUACAAUUUUUUUUUAUUAAAAAUACCACAGAUUCUCAAUUGCAUUGAGGUCUGGGCUUUAACUAGGCCAUUCCAAGACAUUUAAAUGUUUCCCCUUAAACCACUCAAGUGUUGCUUUAGCAGUAUGCUUAGGGUCAUUGUCCUGCUGGAAGGUGAAGCUCCGUCCCAGUCUCAAAUCUCUGGAAGACUGAAACAGGUUUCCCUCAAGAAUUUCCCUGUAUUUAGCGCCAUCCAUCAUUCCUUCAAUUCUGACCAGUUUCCCAGUCCCUGCCGAUGAAAAACAUCCCCACAGCAUGAUGCUGCCACCACCAUGCUUCACUGUGGGGAUGGGGUUCUCAGGGUGAUGAGAGGUGUUGGGUUUGCGCCAGACAUAGCGUUUUCCUUGAUGGCCAAAAAGCUCAAGUUUAGUCUCAUCUGACCAGAGUACCUUCUUCCAUAUGUUUGGGGAGUCUCCCACAUGCCUUUUGGUGAACACCAAACGUGUUUGCUUAUUUUUUUCUUUAAGCAAUGGCUUUUUUCUGGCCACUCUUCCGUAAAGCCUAUCUCUGUGGAGUGUACGGCUUAAAGUGGUCCUAUGGAUAGAUACUCCAAUCUCCGCUGUGGAGCUUUGCAGCUCCUUCAGGGUUAUCUUUGGUCUCUUUGUUGCCUCUGAUUAAUGCCCUCCUUGCCUGGUCUGUGAGUUUUGGUGGGCGGCCCUCUCUUGGCAGGUUUGUUGUGGUGCCAUAUUCUUUCAAUUUUUUAAUAAUGGAUUUAAUGGUGCUCCGUGGGAUGUUCAAAGUUUCAGAUAUUUUUUUAUAACCCAACCCUGAUCUGUACUUCUCCACAACUUUGUCCCUGACCUAUUUGGAGAGCUCCUUGGUCUUCAUGGUGCCGCUUGCUUGGUGGUGCCCCUUGCUUAGUGGUGUUGCAGACUCUGGGGCAUUUCAGAACAGGUGUGUAUAUAUACUGAGAUCAUGUGACAGAUCAUGUGACACUUAGAUAGCACGCAGGUGGACUUUAUUUAACUAAUUAUGUGACUUCUGAAGGUAAUUGGUUGCACCAGAUCUUAUUUAGGGGCUUCAUAGCAAAGGGGGUGAAUACAUAUGCACACACCACUUUUCCGUUAUUUAUUUUUUAGAAUUUUUUGAAACAAGUUAUUUUUUUCAUUUCACUUCACAAAUUUGGACUAUUUUGUGUAUGUCCAUUACAUGAAAUCCAAAUAAAAAUCCAUUUAAAUUACAGGUUGUAAUGCAACAAAAUAGGAAAAAUGCCAAGGAGGAUGAAUACUUUUGCAAGGCACUGUAUGUGUUAAGAGAAGUUAAAUUACUGAAAGAAUUUCAACACGUGUUUGCAACUCUUUGAAUUGCAGUAUGUCAUUUAUUUAAAAAAAAUACUUGUUUAGCAACUGACCCACAGAUUUAUUCUUAAAGAAUCAUGUAAGAGUCUGCUGACUUCCACAGGCUUCAAACUAACUUUUAAGAGGCAUUUUCUCAGCUAUCUGUAAUACAAGUAUGAUUGAAGAAUAAAACAGAUGUUAACAUGGGCUUUGCUACACAGAAAGCAGCAGUUGACUGUUCCAUUGUCAAAAGUUAGAUUAAAAUAUUGUAAAAGCUAAUGAUACUUAUAUGGUAUUUUCAAAGAUAUUGAUAUAGGCCUAUUGAUUUAAUCAGUUUUAUUUUAUCAUAUUUUGGACCAGAGCGAAGCUCUCUUCACUAGGCCUACGUAUUGUUCCUGCAGUGAGGAGGAUUCACCAUCUUUAUCGAAUGUUUUCAUAAUUUAUCUGCAGAUAAUCGCCAAAAAGCCUACCAGUAUGAAAAUUAGGGAGCCAAAUGAACGUCUCUCUCACCGAUGCAAUUCGGUUACUGACCAGUCACUCACUUUAAGUCCUGACGGACUUCAUAUGGAAAAUACAAACAAGAUCUUUAGUUGACUGUCUCGUUGCGAUAUCAUGAACAUAUAUAUACUGUAACUACGUUGUAUGAUUUAUGGAUGGCAAGAAUAUAUGAGAUCGACUUUAUUCAGUCAGUUUGACACCUUUUAAUAAACUAGUCAAGCUUGCUGUUCAUCAAUCAAAGCACAGUAAACAGCAUAACGCCAACGCUUCAUAACGCCAACGCUUUCGCGGCUGCAUAUGAAACACGUGGAAGAAAAUAAAUGAAUGAUCCAGAAAAACAAUAAGAGGAUUUAGACUAAUCGUCACCACAUUAUAUGAGACGUGCAAAUUCACUGAGACGAUGGAGCGUCAUGCUUUCUCCCUCAGUGUGAAGAAAUCUGACCAACCACAGAGCACCCAGGUACUGAGAGGCGGGACAGACGGCAGACUGUCAUCGCUCACUUUGUGGCUGACAGGCGCCUGUCCUGUCAAUAGAUCGCUAGAAGAUGCAAAUCGUUCAUUCUAGCGGGAGAGGGCUCUGCAGACUUUUUUCUGGCUAGCGAAUUGAAAAGUUGGCUAGUUAAUUUAAGUGGAAAAAGUAGCUAAUGGAAAACACUGGCACUACCUCCUGAUCACUACCCCCUGAUCACUUUGUAGAUAAACUACCAACCAUGUUUGUUUUAGUCCACUUAGUGAACCCCUAAUGGACCACUUCCCUGCCCCCUACUCCUAGGCACUUCUGUGUUUAAAAAAAGCUAUUUUCCCUCACUACUCCCUCUCUAACUGAUAAUGGAGAUUCCCCUGAGGUGCUUUGAUCCAUUUAGACCUCUCUGCGUCCCAAAUGGCACCCUGUUCCCUAUAUAGCGCACUACUUUUGACCAGAGAGCCCUAUAUAGGGAACAGGGUGCCAUUUGGAACAAAUACUCGGUAUAUAUUUCAUUAUUGAUUGACAGUGGUCCCUCAUUAAACAUGCAGAAGACCGAGUGCGUUAUGAACAAUGGUCUCCCCCUGUCGUGUUCAUGUUAAAGUGUUCAACUGGGGAACAUGACAAGGGCUGUAUCACAAAUUACAACCUAUUCCCCAUAGGGCUCUGGUCAAAAAGUAGUGCACUAUAUAGGGGAUAGGGUACCAUUUGGGACAGAACCACUAAUCUCAUGUGUUGUCUAUCUCCCCUCAGUAACCACCUGGAGAAUGUAAUCUCAUGUGUUGUCCUUCUCCCCUCAGUUAUCGCCUGGAGAAUGUAAUCUCAUGUGUUGUCCAUCUCCCCUCAGUAACCACCUGGAGAAUGUAAUCUCAUGUGUUGUCCUUCUCCCCUCAGUAUAUGCGUCCCAAAUGGCACCCUGUUCCCUAUAUAGCGCACUACUUUUGACCAGAGAGCCCUAUAUAGGGAACAGGGUGCCAUUUGGAACAAAUACUCGGUAUAUAUUUCAUUAUUGAUUGACAGUGGUCCCUCAUUAAACAUGCAGAAGACCGAGUGCGUUAUGAACAAUGGUCUCCCCCUGUCGUGUUCAUGUUAAAGUGUUCAACUGGGGAACAUGACAAGGGCUGUAUCACAAAUUACAACCUAUUCCCCAUAGGGCUCUGGUCAAAAAGUAGUGCACUAUAUAGGGGAUAGGGUACCAUUUGGGACAGAACCACUAAUCUCAUGUGUUGUCUAUCUCCCCUCAGUAACCACCUGGAGAAUGUAAUCUCAUGUGUUGUCCUUCUCCCCUCAGUUAUCGCCUGGAGAAUGUAAUCUCAUGUGUUGUCCAUCUCCCCUCAGUAACCACCUGGAGAAUGUAAUCUCAUGUGUUGUCCUUCUCCCCUCAGUUAUCGCCUGGAGAAUGUAAUCUCAUGUGUUGUCCUUCUCCCCUCAGUAAUCGCCUGGAGAAUGUAAUCUCAUGUGUUGUCCAUCUCCCCUCAGUAACCACCUGGAGAAUGUAAUCUCAUGUGUUGUCCAUCUCCCCUCAGUAACCACCUGGAGAAUGUAAUCUCAUGUGUUGUCCAUCUCCCCUCAGUAACCACCUGGAGAAUGUAAUCUCAUGUGUUGUCCAUCUCCCCUCAGUUAUCGCCUGGAGAAUGUAAUCUCAUGUGUUGUCCAUCUCCCCUCAGUAACCACCUGGAGAAUGUAAUCUCAUGUGUUGUCCAUCUCCCCUCAGUAACCACCUGGAGAAGUCUCUUCAGCUCCUGAUGGACAGAGUGGAUGAUAUGAGUCAGGACAUCGUCAAGUACAACACCUACAGCCGUAACCUCAGCAAGCAGCAGCAGCAGAAACACCAGGUAACACACACACACACACACACACACACACACACACACAUUAUCUCUGUUAUCAUGAUGAGAAUGUAAUCAACACAUUGUAGUUGAUAAUGAGAUAAUAUACAGUGAUUCACAGUGAUUCUAUUAGAGGGGCGUCCACAGGGAGUCCUCUCCUUUCAUCCUCUUCUCCUCCAGAGAGGGAGGGAGAGAGGGAGGGUGAAUGAAAGGAGAGGGAGCCACUAACAUCACCUCUAAACUUUCCUGCUGUUACUUCCAUGAUCCAUCAUGUUCUCCUAGCUCCCCCCUCUCCCCAGUCUCUCACUCCUCUCUGCUGAACCACCCUAACCAGGCCUUCUGUGACUGAGGCUGCGUCCCAAAUGGCACCCUGUUCCCUAUGUAGUGCACUACUUUUGACCGGGACUAUUGAGUUUUGAUCAAAAGUAGUGCUCUAUUUAGGAGAUGGGGUGUCAUUUGGGACUCGUCCUGACUGUCCUGCAGGGAAGCUGCUGGCCAAAUCCACUAUACCAGGGAGACAGAGGCUUGCUGCUAUAUAAUAUAACUGUUGAUUUAUCCACUAUACCAGGGAGAUGGAGGCUUGCUACUAUAUAAUAUAACUGUUGAUUUAUCCACUAUACCAGGGAGACAGAGGCUUGCUACUAUAUAAUAUAACUGUUGAUUUAUCCACUAUACCAGGGAGAUGGAGGCUUGCUACUAUAUAAUAUAACUGUUGAUUUAUCCACUAUACCAGGGAGAUGGAGGCUUGCUACUAUAUAAUAUAACUGUUUAUUUAUCCACUAUACCAGGGAGAUGGAGGCUUGGUACUAUAUAAUAUAACUGUUGAUUUAUCCACUAUACCAGGGAGAUGGAGGCUUGCUACUAUAUAAUAUAACUGUUGAUUUAUCCACUAUACCAGGGAGAUGGAGGCUUGCUACUAUAUAAUAUAACUGUUGAUUUAUCCACUAUACCAGGGAGAUGGAGGCUUGGUACUAUAUAAUAUAGCUGUUGAUUUAUCCACUAUACCAGGGAGAUGGAGGCUUGCUACUAUAUAAUAUAACUGUUGAUUUAUCCACUAUACCAGGGAGAUGGAGGCUUGCUACUAUAUAAUAUAACUGUUUAUUUAUCCACUAUACCAGGGAGAUGGAGGCUUGCUACUAUAUAAUAUAACUGUUUAUUUAUCCACUAUACCAGGGAGAUGGAGGCUUGCUACUAUAUAAUAUAACUGUUGAUUUAUCCACUAUACCAGGGAGAUGGAGGCUUGGUACUAUAUAAUAUAACUGUUGAUUUAUCCACUAUACCAGGGAGAUGGAGGCUUGCUACUAUAUAAUAUAACUGUUGAUUUAUCCACUAUACCAGGGAGAUGGAGGCUUGCUACUAUAUAAUAUAACUGUUGAUUUAUCCACUAUACCAGGGAGAUGGAGGCUUGGUACUAUAUAAUAUAACUGUUGAUUGAUCCACUAAAGCAGGGAGAUGGAGGCUUGCUACUAUAUAAUAUAACUGUUUAUUUAUCCACUAUACCAGGGAGAUGGAGGCUUGGUACUAUAUAAUAUAACUGUUGAUUUAUCCACUAUACCAGGGAGAUGGAGGCUUGGUACUAUAUAAUAUAACUGUUGAUUUAUCCACUAUACCAGGGAGAUGGAGGCUUGGUACUAUAUAAUAUAACUGUUGAUUUAUCCACUAUACCAGGGAGAUGGAGGCUUGGUACUAUAUAAUAUAACUGUUGAUUGAUCCACUAUACCAGGGAGAUGGAGGCUUGCUACUAUAUAAUAUAACUGUUGAUUUAUCCACUAUACCAGGGAGAUGGAGGCUUGCUACUAUAUAAUAUAACUGUUGAUUUAUCCACUAUACCAGGGAGAUGGAGGCUUGGUACUAGCUACUGCUACUGAAUACAAUGUAAUGUGAGGGUCCCAAUAUAGAGGUGGCUGGAGCAUGGAAUGGUGCCUUUUGUGAUGGAGCACUAAACACCAGUUUGCAUAUCUCAUAUCAACCUAGAAGACAUUUCUUAUAGCAACCUAGAAGACAUUUCUCAUAGCAACCUAGAAGUCAUUUCUCAUAGCAACCUAGAAGUCAUUUCUCAUAUACACUGAAGAAAAAUAUAAACGCAACAUGUCAAGUGAAAUAAAAUAUUCCAGAAAUUGUCCAUAUGCACAAAGUGUAUUUCUCUAAAAUGUUGUGCACAAAUUUGUUUACAUCCCUGUUAGUGAGGAUUUAUCCUUUGCCAAGAUAAUCCAUCCACCUGACAUGUGGGGCAUAUCAAGAAGCUGAUUAAAUAGUAUGAUCAUUACACAGGUACACCUUGUGCUGGGAUCAGUGAAAGGCCACUCUAAAGUGUGCAGUUUUGUCCCACAACACAAUGCCACUGAUGUCUCAAGAUGAGGGAGCGUGCAAUUGGCAUGCUGACUGCAGGAAUGUCCACCAGAUCUGUUGCUUGAGAAUUGAAUGUUCAUUUCUCUACCAUAAGCCGCCUCAACGUCAUUUUAGAGAAUUUGGCAGUAUGUCCAACCGGCCUCACAUCCGCAGACCACGUGUAACCACGCCAGCCCAGGACCUCCAAAUCCUGCUUCUUCUCCUGCGGAAUCGUAGAAGACCAGCCACCCUGACAGCUGAUGAAACUGAGGAGUGUUUCUGUCUGUAAUGAAUCCCUUUUAUGGGGAAAAACGUAUUCUGAUUGGCUGGGCUUGGUUCCCCAAUGGGUGGGCCUGGCUCCCAAGUCGGUGGGCCUAUGCCCAGUCAUGUGAAAUCCAUAGAUUAGGGCCUAAUGAAUUUAUUUCAAUUGACUGAUUUCUAUAUAUGAACUGAAACUCAGUAAAAUAUUUGAAAUUAUAUCAACCUAGAAGUCAUUGCUCAUAUCAACCUAGAAGUCAUUGCUCAUAUCAACCUAGAAGUCAUUUCUCAUGUCAACCUAGAAGUCAUUUCUCAUAUCAACCUAGAAGUCAUUUCUCAUGUCAACCUAGUUAUACAUGAAUAUUGUGAUGUUAGUUUCUGGCAGGCUUGACAGGCUUUGUAUGUGUAUCCAGGUACUUGUAGAUUCCUACCAUCUACACCCCACCACCAACCUGUGUCCUCUGCUCUGCCUCCCCAAAUUAAAAAGGCUUUUAGGUUCUGACACGCAGCACAUCACUGAUUUACACUGUCGUAUACCAACACAAAUCACUCCAUCCCUGUCUGUCAGAUUUUAUAGCUGUUCUCUCUCUCUCUCUCUCUCUCUCUCUCUCUCUCUCUCUCUCUCUCUCUCUCUCCCCUCUCUCUCUCCCCUCUCUCUUCUCUCUCCUCCCCUCUCUCUCUCUCUCUCUUCUCUCUCCUCCCCUCUCUCUCUCUCUCUUCUCUCACCUCCCCUCUCUCUCUCUCUCUCUUCUCUCUCCUCCCCUCUCUCUCUCUAUCUCCCCCCAGUAUACCCAGCGGCGCCAGCAGGAGAAUGCUCAGAGACAGACCAGAGGAGAGACUCCUCUACCAGAGGAAGAUGUCACCAAGAUGUUCAAACCUCCCCAGCCCCCUCCUCGCAUGGACACUCUCCUCAUCGCAGGUACACACACACACUUCACUUUGUAGAAUCGCACCCACACACCCUCCCUCCUCCUAGCAGAUACCUAUCCCCUCCUCUGUUCUGUUCUCUCCCUGGUAGGUAUCUAUCCCCUCCUCUGUUCUGUUCUCUCCCUGGUAGGUAUCUAUCCCCUCCUCUGUUCUGUUCUCUCCCUGGUAGGCAUCUAUCCCCUCUGUUCUGUUCUCUCCCUGGUAGGUAUCUAUCCCCUCCUCUGUUCUGUUCCCUCAUCUCUCCAUUAUGUUAGAGUUCCAUUGAUCUUUAUAGACUUCAUCUAACAUCCCUGCCUGCCUGCUGUCUCUCUGAUGGUUGGUUACGUCCCAAAUGGCACCCUAUUCACUUUAUAGUGCACUACUUUUGACCAGGGUCCAUAGGGAAACCCAUAGGGCUCUGGUCAAAAGUAGUGUACUAUAUAGGGGAUAUGAUGACUUUUUUGGACACGACCGUUGUCACAACAUUCAACUAAUUUACCUGCAGUACUGCUGAUGUGCUCCUACUGUGAUUCAUACUCAUUUGUUGUGUGUGUGUUUCCACCAAACAGGGCAAAUUAACAAUUACUGCCAGAAUGUGAAGGAGUUCACCUCUCAGAACCUUGGCAAGCUCUUCAUGGCUGAGGCCCUUCAGGGACACAACAGCUAGAAGAAGAGGAGGAGAUGGAGAUGCCCC